AUGGCCUGUCAUGAUCUGAAUCAACAGGAGGAAAUGGCCGUGGAGGAUCUGGACCCGAUAGCAGGAAUGCACAUCACGGAAGCGCUCCGUGUCCAGCUCGACGUGCAGCGCCGCCUCCACCAGCAGCUCGAGAUGCAGCGUAAUCUGCAGGUGAGGAUAGAGGAGCAGGGUAAGAGGCUGCAGAAGAUGUUCGAGGACCAACUAAAGGCCAACAGGAACAUGGCAAGAUCGCCGCAGCAGGAUGGCACUGUCGGCAUCCACACGGAGCUGCAGGACAACGUCGUGUUCAUCAUCGACGACGAGGCGUAG